AUGGCAUCUAUCGGGUUUGCCGCCGAGAAAUUGUAUGGGUCCGUGUGGCACUUUACACCUCUUAGGCUAGAUGUCGAGCGAAGCAUCCAAUUCCACGAACCUCACCCAUCCGGGAAGAUACCUUUCACAACGGCGCGCAGACACGGGAGUGGAUUAAACAGAGCAUAUGGCUGGCAUGGUGGGAUAUUUGCUCUACAGGAGAAAUCUGCUGCAAUACCGCUCAAUCCCGAUGCCGCCCUGACCUGA